AUGCUUCCGUUCGCUGUUCCUUACCCUCCUGAACAGGAAGAUGGAUUCUGGGGAAUCCCCACCUCCACUAUAGAUUGGUGCGAAGAGAACUAUGUGGUUUCUGUGUAUAUUGCCGAAGCUCUCAAUACUAUCACCAACUCUGUGUUUAUUGCGCUUGCGGGAUUUGCCAUAUACCAUGCUUAUUCCAAUAAGCUUGAGCCACGGUUCAUCUUCACAGCCUUGGGCUUCUUGCUUGUCGGGGUUGGUUCCUGGCUUUUCCACAUGACCUUGAGAUACCACUUCCAGUUGCUAGACGAAUUGCCCAUGAUAUACGCUACAUGUAUUCCGUUUUGGUCUGUAUUUAGUGAGUUCCGUACAAAGAGAGAAUCGGUUUAUGUAGCCAUUGGCAUCUUUACUGCAGCCAACACCUUGACUGUGAUUUAUUUGUACUUCAAAGAUCCCACGAUCCACCAAGCUGGUUACGCAAUGCUUAACGCCUUCAUAAUCUUCAAGUCGUUGCAUUUAACAUCACUCCAUGUCCACGACAACUUGGCCAAAAAACAGUUGUAUCGAACCAUGUUCUUUGGAGUGAGCAUCUUCCUAUUGGGCUACUUCUUGUGGAACAUGGAUAUCCACUUCUGCGAUUACGUCAGAGGAAAGAGAAGAGAAUGGGGUAUGCCAUACGGUUUUGUGCUCGAAGGCCAUGGCUGGUGGCACAUCCUUACUGGAACAGGUAUCUAUUACUACUUGGUAUACGAAGAAUACUUGAGAUGCUUCUUGACGGGGACUGAAAAAUUCUUCACCUUCAAAUGGGUAGCAGGAUUGCCAAUCGUCUCAUGCGUAGACGCUGUGGGCCUUGAGAAGUACAAAGCGAAUCAGCAUCUUAAACAGCUCGACGCUGAAGUGAAGAAGGACAUCUAA